UACAAUGGCACAGUUUUAUUUAACAGUUCUCAGUGACUGCCACCAGGAUGGUUAACGCUGACGAAACGCCAUCCAGCUGCCGUCUGACAACUUUAUUUCACUGCCGGUAUCCGUCAACAAACCGCCUUGUCGAGAGGUCCAAGGUUUAAAAUUAAGCGCGAUUGUUUGCCGCAUACGGAUGCCCGCAUGGUCCAAAUAAGCUAACGAGGCGAGCUAACAGUACAUAACAAAUUGUCUGAAUUUAGCCUGUGUGGACUCUGUAGUUCCAGUUAGCUUACUGACAGCAGGUUGAACCGGUCGGGGUCCCUUAGUUUCACUAUUCCGUGGUCUCCUGCUCGGCUAACUCCACCCGGCUGUUUACCCGCCACCAGAAGUUAUGUCUUGUUGGUAGUUAACGGUUUAGCAGCCUCGGUGUGUAGCCGCCGUAUUAGCUAUGGUCUCCGCAGUAGGGCAUUCUAAUCAGCCGUGAGCCGUCAGAGAUGUCCGGCAGCAGCGGCUUCAGGUGGACGGUGGUCGUCCUCACCUGCCAACACAAAGACAGUGUUUACUCCUUCCAGAGAGAGCUGGAGUUGCGGCAGCAGCGUGGCUCUCUCUCUCAGGGUGCGUUGGUUUUGACAGUGAGGGACCGCCAGGAGCCGCUGGGCAGUGGGGGGGCGACACUGAACGCUCUGCUAGUCGCUGCUGAGCACCUGAGCAACAGAGCAGGACACACUGUGGUGACGGCUGACGUCCUGGAUGAUGCUCACAUCCUCCUCCUGCACACGGGUCGUGACUUCCCCUGGAGCUCCUGCAGCAGGGCCUUCUGCUGGCUGCCUUCAGAGAACCCCGACCAGAGAGUCCAGGCUCCGCUCUGCUGUCUGGACCUGCUGCUGGACUGCCUCACCAACCAGAUCUGUCCUGGUUCUCCUCCCGGCGUUUGGGUCUGCAGCACCGACAUGAUCCUCAGCGUCCCCCCUGACUUCGUGUUGUCCUGGGAGGGUUUCUCUGGUGUUCGGGUUUUGGCGUUACCGGGUGAUGUCUCCUUCGCAGCCAAUCACGGCGUCUACCUGUCCGACCAGCAGGGGAAGGUCAGGGACAUCAUCUACAAGGGAACGCAGGAGCAGAUUCAACAAGCUGUGAUGCCUGAUGGGAAAGUUCCACUGGUGUCAGGUCUGGUCUUCUUCAGCAGGUGUGUAUCAGAGAAGUUACUUCAGACUCACGUCAGUCCUCCUCUGGACGGCUGUACCUACCUGGGCCUGGACUCCGGAGCACCGCCCCUCCAGAUCUCCUUGUUCCUGGAUGUGUUGAAGUGUCUCUGCUCAGAUCUGACCCAGGAUCAGUUUGUGAGCGAGGACCGAGACGGCUGCAGUUCUGCCGUUGGACCACAGGGGGCGGCGGUGAGGAGUGGCAGGAUGGAGCUGUGGAGGAUCCUGAGAGGAACUCCGCUCACAGUUGCCUACGUCCCCGCCGGUUGCUAUGACUACCUGACUCUGUCUGGAAGGCAGCACGUGGAGCGUCUGAGCUGUGAUUGGACAAACAGAAACACUUUGUCUCACAUCCAGAGGGACGGCGGGGUUAACGAAGGGGCUCGGGUUAUUAACAGCAUUCUGGAGGGAGACGUUGCCCUGGCAGCCGGAGUGGUGGUGCAACACUGCCACCUGCAGGGUCCUCUGGAGGUCCCAUCGGGUUGUUUACUGUCAGGUCUUGAGCUGAUGACAUCACAGAGUGUCAGACAGCUGGAGCUGACCAAUGACAUCAUCAUCCAGGGACAUCGCAUUGAGCUGGGGGGGCUGAAGCUGAACGUCUUCACUGUGAUGGGAGCGCAGGACCACCUGGAGGUCUCCUCUGAUGACAGCAGCGCCUCCUUCCUCAACCACAGAUGGAGCCUCGUCUACGGCAGAACAGGAAUCCAGCCAGAGGAGUUGUGGGUCAGAGGAGAACAGCGCUCCCUCCUGGAGGCUCGUCUCUUCCCAGUCCUCCACCCAAGGGGAGGCGCUGUGGGUUUGCAGGAAGGUGUUGGCUGGCUGCUGGGUGGAGGUGGCUGUCUGCAGAGGUGGAGGGAAGCGUGGAGGCUCUCUCUGAAGGAGGUGAUGGCACUGACCCACCAGGAGGCAGAGCUGCGGUGGAGGGAGGAGUUACUGUUCCUGGCAGGGAGAAGGAGAGUGGCCGAUGUCCUGAGGAGUCGCACAGACGUCUGCCUGCUGCCUUGCUUCAGGGCGGCCGUGCUCGGAGGCCAGCAGGGGGCGCUGCUAGAGACGCUCGACAGCAUGGCAGCAGGAAGUGGCGAGCAGGGGGCAGAGUCAGGUGCAGAGUUGGGCGUGGCCGCUCGCUGCCUCUCAUGCAUUGCUGACGUGUUGGUGUGCAUGGCGGGGGGGAGGGGAGGUCUGAGGAGUGGACCAGCUGCUAACGAGGCCUGGAGCUCCGCCUACCGCCUAUUGGAGGAGGGUAACGUGAGGGGCGGAGUCAAGGCCCUGGCCGCGCAGAGAGACCGUUGGCUGGGCAGGCCGGACCUACUAGUGCGGGCCGCCCGGCACUACGAGGGCGCCGGCCAGGUGCUCCUACGACGAGCUGUGAUGUCAUCACAGAGGUUCAUCUCCAUUAGCCAGGGUGAGAUCCCGCCCAUUGAGGAGUGGCAGGAAGUGGAGUGUCCAGCCAGACUGGACCUGGCAGGCGGCUGGAGCGACACGCCGCCCAUCGCCUUUGAGCACGGCGGCUCCGUGACCAACAUCGCCGUGAAGGUUGACGGGAAACGUCCUAUUGGUGCCAGGGCCCGUCGCAUCAGAGAGCCCCGCCUCCUGCUGGUCAGCUACACCGGAGGGCGGGACAGCGGGGUUUCCACGGAGACAACGUGUGUCAGCCUGGAUGACCUGAGGGACUACUGUCAGCCUCACGCUCCUGGAGCCCUGCUGAAGGCCGUGUGUGUGUGCAGCGAUCUGGUGUCCCUCUCCUCCCGGCGUCCUCUGCAGGAUCAGCUGAUGCAGCAGUGGGGAGGAGGGGUGGAGCUCCACAGCUGGUCAGCACUGCCCACUGGAUCUGGACUGGGUACCAGCAGUAUCCUGGCGGGGGCGCUGCUGGCUGCAGUCUACAGGUGUACUGGUCGAAGCUACGACACAGACUCACUCAUUCACGGCGUCCUCUACCUGGAACAGCUUCUCACCACAGGUUGUCCGUUACUUCAGAGAUGCUGCCUUCUCAUUUCUUUAAGAUGUUCUGAUUGGACUCCUCCUUCUUCUCCUCAGGUGGAGGCUGGCAGGACCAGGUGGGGGGUCUGGUGGGCGGAGUCAAGGUGGGUCGUUCCAGAGCGUCCCUGCCCCUGCGGGUUGAGGUGGAACGUCUCAGUCCUCCAGAGGACUUUCUGGUUUCUCUGCAGCAGCACCUCCUGCUGGUCUACACCGGCAAAACACGUCUGGCUCGCAACCUGCUGCAGGAUGUGGUCCGUAGCUGGUAUAGCCGUCUGCCCCCGAUGGUCCAGAACGCCCAGCAGCUGGUGGCCAACUCUGAGGACUGUGCCAGAGCCUGUUCAGACGGUGAGGCCGUUCACCACAGACGGCAGUGGCCCAGAAACACCUUGGUGUCCCUGCAGUAAAAGUUCUCUGAGCAGGUUGGGUGUGUGUCUGGAGCGCUCGUGGCAGCAGAAGAAGCUGAUGGCUCCCAGCUGUGAACCGGCCUCAGUGAGAGCCAUGAUGGAGGCCCUGAGGCCGCUGGUCCUGGGCCAGAGCCUGGCCGGGGCCGGAGGGGGCGGCUUCCUCUACCUGCUGACCCGGGAGCCUCGACAGCAGCGGGAGGUGCUGCAGGUCCUCAACAGGACGCCGGGUCUGGGAGACUUCAGCGUUCACUCAGUGGAGCUGGACGUGGACGGGAUUACAGUCCUACCACCACCCUGAGGACACACACCCACACACAAAGUGCUGAACGGUUUUCACCUCAUAAACACAGGACUGAAGUCUCACUGAUCUGGAUGUCACCGUGGGGACGACGGAGACGCCACAGCAUCCUGUUUCUGCUUGUCCAACUGAAACGGUACAAAACGGUUCAACGUGAGCUCCGGCUCAACCAGCCGCGACAGUAAAAUCCAGCGCAGUGCAGUGCAGUGUUAACGGAGUAUU